AUGUUGAAAAAGGUAUCCAAGGCUACAUUAAAGUCUCUAAUGAAGAAGAAAGCCCACAUUCGUGUAGGCACAGCUGCAGAUGCAAUGGUAUGUUUGUUGAAAAUGCUCUCGUAGCUAGCUAAGAUGCCAGUUAGCUUCGCUAAACGUUACAACAUUGUUUUAAAACGAAUAGCUUUCAAGCACAGGUAAACAUACAAUACAGCUAGUAGGAUAGUUAUCUCAUUUCUAUGUGUUUCAGUGUCUGAAUUUGAAAAUCCCUCUUCCUAGGUUGAGCUGAACGUGCUGCUAUUUCUGCAUAGCCUCGCAGAAGAGUCGAGGACGAAAGCUUUUGAGGAGAAAUCGGCUACUAUCAAAGCUCACCACGUUAAAGCAGUAUCCAAG